CUCUCUCGCUUGCAGCUCUGCCACCAAAGUGGCGCACAUCGACGACGAUGCCUCCUUUUGAGGAUGCCCCCAAUUUCUAAGCAGGUUGAGUGACAAGCCUAUUGCUCGAGCGCCGCCAUGAUCGCCACGGGCGGCCUGCUGCGCAUGAACCGGCGCCAGGACUCCCUGCGCUCCAAGAACCGCGCCGAGAACAAGAAGAAGCGGAAAUCCAGGAAGAAGAAGAAGAACGACGUGGUGGUGGUGAAGGGCAAACUUAACCUGUGCUCGCCCGCCGGCCUGGUGGCGGCCGUCGGGCUCUUUGUCCUCAUGGUGGGCAUCUCCAUGGCUGUGCUUGGGUACUGGCCCAGCCAGAACCAGCAGCAGUACCAAGAGCGCCGACGGACUGGGGUGCACCACGGCAGGAUGAGUUACUCCCAAAGCCCCAACGCGUCCUCCGAUGCGGACCGAGAUCCCCCCAAGUUGCUGAACCAGAGCCACUCCACCAGCGGCGACAUGGCCCCGUCCCCUGCCCACUGCGGCUUCCUGUGCGACUUCCUGGACAACUACCUGUACUCGGACAACCUCAAAGUCUUCGGACCACUGGUGAUGGGCAUUGGGAUUUUCCUCUUCAUCUGCGCCAACGCAGUCCUUCACGAGAAUCGUGAUAAGAAAACCAAAAUCAUCAACCUGAGGGACAUCUACUCCACGGUUAUCGACCUGCACAGCGUCCGCUCCAAGGAGUACUCUCCUCUCAACGGUUUGGUCAACUACACCCAGUCCAAGAGCGCGGAGGGUUCGUCGGGGGGCCACCCGGCGGGGUGCAGCUCCUGGCCCUCUUCUGCCGGACUGGGCAGUGACGAGGUGUUCCGGCGUCCAUCGCGUAGCUGGUCCAAGGACGUCCAGACCUUCACAGACACGGUGUACAGCAUCUACAAGGACUACAGUAACGGCAGUGAGGAGGCCCCUCGCCCCCGUCAGUGGGACCCCACCUCCAUCGUCACCUCCUCGGUAAACGCCUUCACCCUCCCGGUCAUUAAACUCAACAACUGCGAGGCGGAGGAAGACGUGGUCAUCGAGGCGGCGAACGACCACGAGGAAGCACAGGGCGACGGAGUGAAGACGAGCCCGCCGCGCGAGGACGUACCCGCCGCUGAGCCCCCCCAGUUGUUCCCGCCGUCCCCAGUCGCCAGGGCAAUGGGCUCACGCCUGUCCCUCAACUCACUCACGGACCCACCCAGGUCAGCGCGCCGCUGCAGCCUGUCAGUGACGGCGUGCCACCAGAGCGAGCGGGGCAGGCGCUUCAGUUGCCCCCGCCUGGAGCGCUCUAACAGUAAGGGCUACAUCAAACUCAGCGAUCUCGGGGGCGAGUCCUUCGACGCGCCGGACGCUUCUUUAGGGGGGUACGGCGAGCAGGAAGUAGCAGCGAUGGGCGCGGCGGCGGUGGAGCAGGACGCUCAGAGGGACGAGGGACAGGCCACGCCCAGCACUUCUGCAGAAUCCUAAAGGAAAACCUGAGAAAUUCUCAAAAACCCCUUUCACACCGCUUAACCAUUAAACCAGCAUUUAUUCGGUUCUGGCCUUCGGACAGCGGGAUGUUGAAAUAUUCACAUAGCCGCAGUGGGUUCGCGCAUUCAGUUAAUUAGAUGCGUGGUCAGCAUUAGCAUCUGACAGCGACAUUUGCUUCCAACACAAAAGGAGCGUGGCCAGUGAGUCGCGAGUAUUGGUCCUCACACACAAGCGGCGCUACACCUCGCCGGAAGCUGACAAAUUCUAAAGCCUUCAAAGCUCUCAUAAGCCUCUUUCACACUACUCUCCAGCUGACAAAUUCACAGGUCAACAUCGGUAGAAAAGGCUUAGAUCGCAGCGUUCCGCUAUUCUCUUCACAUAGUUUCCGUCCACCUUUGAUACCAUAAAUCUUAAACCCUUGAAAACUCUUGAGAAGCUCGGCUCACACUUUCAAGGCCACGUGAAACUGGGCAAUCUCGGGGGCGCGUCGUAGCGGCGACGGACCCAGCAGAAAAGGGCUGAGGACGCACGGGGGAUAAGUGAGGCCCAGCGCCUCUGCGGAAUCCAAAAGGACAUCCAGAGAAACCCUUGUAACCCCCUUUCAAGCUGCCCGCUAGUUGAGCCGGCGUUUAUUUGGCUCUGGCUUUCAGAGAAAACGACAUUGUCAUGUCCAUAGUGAGCGUUCACAUUGCCAUUGCGGAAUCACGCAUUCAGAUAAUUAUAUACGUGUUCAGCAUCGAGAAUCUAGGACAUCAAAAACUUUAACACACAGAGGCGGUCUCUUCCCCUAUUCCCUUUCACACAGCUGCCAUUCCUUGUCGGAAAUCAACAAGUUGACUCGGUUGACUCCAACCCUUCCAUCCCGACCUGGUACCUUACACACAGGAUAGCGAAUUGGAAAUAAAGCUGGCCUGUGUGUAAGAGGGCUUUUAACACGAAGGGGCAGUCCAGGUUUUCCGCUAUUACCUUUCACACAGCUGCCAGUCCACCUCUGAUACUACGUCGGAAGAUGUAACAUUUUGAGGUCUACUUCACCCCCCGAUUAUCCCCGUACCUUUCAAGACGGAUAGCGAGCCGGGAAAACGGCCGCUUGGAUGGGGACGGUGUACAGGGGUGGUUCAGCUUGAUUCCUUGCAUGCCGCACGGAUGCAGGACAACGAGCCGGAAAAAUCCCUGCUUGGAUGGCCAGUGUGAAAGGGGCGCCGGUCCACGUCUUUGCUUCGUACCUUCUGGAAGCGAGGACGGCCACCGCUAUGAAGCCUCAAGUGCGAGGAGCCUCCUUUCCCGCACACACCACUGCUCAUCCGUUCAGAUGUGAUUUUUCUAUUUUUUCAAUGUAGCAAAAGCAAUACUAAAGACAUUUGAAGGGUUUGUACACAACAAGCAGGAUCAAAUUCUAGUUGUUUUUUUUGUAUAGCGGCAGAGGUGGGGGGGUUAGUAGCUCGUAGAAGUGCAAAGAUGACUGAAGCACCUGUAGCAUCAAACUGAAACAGUCUACACUUGUCAAGAUGAAUCUCAGGUAGACGUUUGAUUUAGGAGCCGGCGUGCACAUUUCACUUCGUGGUGGACUGACUUUUGAACUGCAACCGCCAACCGCACUCCCGUUCCCUUUGACCCCGCUCCCCCCCCCCGACACUGUCGGUGUCCUUUUUGUGCACAAGCGAAUGCAAAGUAGAUUGUUUGCGCCAAAUAGUUUCACUUGCAUCACCGACAACCAUUAA